UACCCUCCGAGAUCGGGCAGCGCGCUCAUCUCGUCGGCCAUGACCAAUGGUCAGUUGUGGGCAGGAGCCAUAACUUCAGAAGAAGAAGAGGAAUCACCGACGGGGCUCCGCAGAACUUGAGCCCCACGCAUAUCGCCGGGACCCCUUGCACCGGGCGAAAAGUGCACCUACGAACAGGACCAUCGUGUCGGGCCCCCAUGCCUACGGACUGCGGCGACCAGACCGGCGGAGGCCAGCAGGUGGCACGGCGGCCGCGGCUGCGGGCGCUGCGCGAGCGGCUGCUGUCGUGCAAGCCCGUGCAGCGGUUCCUCGACUGGUACGGCCAGUUCUGGGGCGACGACGAAGAGGAACGCAGGCUGCACGAGGCGGACGCCGACGACGGAUUCGUCAACUGGUUCUGCCUGCCUUUCUUCGUGACCCGCAGGCCGCGCUGCGGGGUCGCCAAGAACGCGGAGGCGGCCGCCUUCGGAGGACCCGACGCUGCGCUGCGCUCCUUCGCGGCCGCCAAAUAAAGCACAAAACGCGUACCGCGCGCCC